UCGUUGUUAACUUCACGUUAGUUCUAUACCAGAGACUAUAGAAAUUAGAAAAGUUAUAGUCACAGUCAGUGAGAUUUUGCUGUGUGUUGUGAAGUGUUGAUUCUUUAAAAAUUUUAAAAUUUGUUGACAUAUUUCAUUAUAAACGAUCAAACUAUCUCGUAUUUUAUGCGUGUUGUGUGCAUCGGAUACUAAAUUGAAGCUUUAAUUUAAAAUAUUUUAGUGUCAUAAAAAUUUUAGUGCCGUGCUACCUUUCACAAAGAGAUUUGGGCUUCUUUACCCGUGCGCAUUUUGCAGAUAACCAGUCAUAGCAGAGAUUAUCUUGAUACGUCUGGAAUGAUACAUACGUGUUGAAGGUGGAUAAGUAUCACGGUGACUGGUAUGGGCGUGCGGUGAGACUCGCAGUGCUCCAAGAAAAUGACAGAGGGCGAAAAACAGCAGAGCGCGGGCGGAGCGAACGCCGCACCGCAACACAGAAAAGGGCACAGGAGACAAGAGUCAAUGUACGCGAUGACGGGACUAUACGCGGAGUCCGGAUGCGCAGAGGCCGGCGACGCAGCGGGGCCGAGCGCGCCGCCGCACCCGGCGCACCCGCCCCGGGAAUCCACCAAAUGUCACAGCAGAAAUCCCUCAGCUGGUAUAUGCGACAGAGAUCGGGAACGCGAAAAAGAAAAGGAGAAACCGCACCAAUUGUUUCCAGAAAUAUUAGACAUUCCUCAUGACAUAAGAGACUGCGGAAUCCUGUCGUGGAGACCGCUUUUUAUUCAGAAGUUUUCUAGUAUUAAAGUGUUCGUGUUUUUCCUUUCGUUCCUGGUGACGCUGCAGCAAGCACUAAGUUCGGGUUAUAUUAAUUCUGUGAUCACAACAAUCGAAAAACGCUUUGAAAUACCAUCCAGCCUCUCGGGGCUCAUAGCGAGCAGCUACGAGAUCGGCAACGUCAUCACUGUCAUCUUCGUCUCCUAUCUCGGUAGUAGGAGACAUAUUCCAGUCUGGAUAGCAGUCGGUGCCGUUAUAAUGGGUAUCGGCUCUUUGGUGUUUGUAGUGCCGCAUUUUAUUGCGGAAGCGAAUAGCGAAAUGAUGGCUAACAAUAAAUCCGAUGAUAACAUCUGUCGGCUACCCCGGGCUCUGGAACAAGACAUGGGCGGCCUUGGGAGGCUCUCGCAGGGCCUUCCGCCCAGCAACCUGAGGCCGGACAAUUGUAUCAAAAGUUCGCCGAGUACGUUUAUGCCCGUUAUGGUGUUCGUGGUCGCACAACUGCUGCUGGGAUGCGGGGGAUCUCCUCUUCUGACACUCGGCACUACUUACGUGGACGAUCACGUUCGACCUGAAUCGUCUAGCAUGUAUAUUGGAUGUAUGUACAGCAUGGCUGCUUUCGGUCCAGUUCUUGGAUUUCUACUCGGUGCAUAUUUGCUCUCAUUCCAUAUGGAUUCCUUCUCUGGUGCUAUUAUAUCUAUAGAUCCAGGCGACCAUCGGUGGGUCGGAAUGUGGUGGGGUGGAUUCUUGCUAUGCGGCCUCCUCCUAAUUCUCGUCGCAAUACCGUUUUUCUCAUUCCCUAAAGUGUUGGUACGUGAAAAAGAAAAAAUUAGACUAGUUGAAAAAGCAGCCGCAGCUAGCGGUUCUUCGACUGUGAAAACGCCACCCAAACCACAGACCGAUAUAAAGGAUACUGGAUACGGAAAAGAUAUUAAAGAUAUCCCCGUAUCAAUGUGGCGUCUCCUCAAGAACCCAGUUUACGUCGUUACAUGUUUGGGUGCAUGCAUGGAGCUUAUGAUCGUGUCCGGUUUCGUCGUGUUCCUGCCAAAAUACCUCGAAACACAAUUCAGUCUCGGCAAAAGUCAAGCUAGUGUUUUUACAGGAUCAAUCGCCAUUCCCGGAGCGUGUAUAGGUAUCUUCAUGGGCGGAUGUCUGCUCAAGCGGUUGGAGCUCCGGCCGAAGGGCGCGGUGCAGUUCGUCCUCAUCUCGAACACCAUCUGCUUGUCAUGUUACGCGCUGCUGUUCUUCCUCGGCUGUGACAACAUCAAAAUGGCGGGAACAACCAUACCGUACACUAAUAAUAGCAACCUGGAGCCGUUCAAGGUGAACCUGACGGCGGCCUGCAACUUCAACUGCCUGUGCACGGAGACGGACAUGGAGCCCGUGUGCGGCAACAACGGGCUCACGUACUUCUCCCCGUGCCACGCCGGCUGCGCCGCCUUCUCGUCUCGCUCCAACUUCACCAACUGCGCCUGCGUGCACGAGAACAGUCGCGAGGCGCUGGGCGUGGGCGGCGUGGUGGGCGGCGUGGGCGGCGCGUCGGCCUCCGCGCUGACGGCGGGCGCGGCGCGCGAGUACAGCGAGGUCACGGUGGUGCCGGUGGCCACGGCCGGAGCCUGCAACCCGCCCUGCACCACUAUCUUCCCGUUCCUCGUGCUGCUCUUCUUCAUGACCUUCGUCGUCGCCGUCACACAGAUGCCGCUGCUUAUGAUUGUACUCCGAUCCGUGAGUGAAGAAGAGCGUUCGUUUGCAUUGGGGAUGCAAUUUGUCAUAUUCAGACUGUUUGGGUACAUUCCCGCACCUAUCGUGUUCGGAAACCUGAUCGACUCGACCUGCAUACUUUGGAAACAGUCCUGUAGCGGUGAGAAAGGUGGCCGCUGCUUGCUGUAUGACAUCGAGCAGUUUAGAUACAGAUAUGUCGGUCUCUGCGGUGGCAUAAAAAUCGUAGCUUUAGGCAUUUUCAUGGCGGAUUGGUGGCUAGUGCGCCGUCGGAGACAUCUCGAGACUGCCGCUCCUCUGGACCACAAGGACAUCGCUGGUUCAAUUAUCAGUCUCGAUAAACUAUUCGAAGAGUUGCCCUCUGCAGACAACGCUAGCGGGUUUCGAUCGGCGAUCACGUCGGGGCCCAGCUCGGCGACCACGACGCCCAUCGAGCCGCCCGGGCCGCCGACGGAUGCGCACGACGCCCAUAGGAGCAAGCUGCAGCGGACCGACUCGCAGUACUCGCAGGACUCUCAGACGAGGGGCGCCGCGGGCAAGAACUCGCGCGUGCUGGUGGCGUCGCGGCACCUGCGCAACGACUCCAAGACCAUCCAGCUGGAGCCGCGCGCGCGCCAGCACGCGCAAGACGAGGAGCGCGCGCGCGCCGCCCGCAGCGACUCGCGCCACUCGCGCGACGCCUUCCCGCGCUCCGCCUCGCGGGACUUCCCCUCGCACUCGCACUCGCGCUCCACCUCGCGGGACUUCAAGCCGCACUCGCGCUCCGACUCGCGCGACCUCAGCCUCGAGCAGCUCAAGCAGCUGGCCAUCAAGAGCAUGGAGAGCCUCGAUCUGACGGUCCUCCCGCUCACCAAAUGCGUCGACGAGGAGAGCAAGCGGCUCAUCGACGGUGGCGGGGUGCUGCGUCAUCGAAGGACCAGCUCGAAGGAUAUGAAACCGCCCGAGACGAAACACAAGCGGACCUCCUCCCAUCAUAUCACGAUGGAGCCGAACGAGUUGAGCCUUCAGAUACAAAAAGGUCGCAGCGUCGAUCAGCUUUCGGCUUCGCCUUUAGAUCCGCGCGUUUGAGAUAGGAGUAAUAUUAACCUAAUAUGUAUAUAGCGGAAUAAAUAAAUUGUCUGAAUCUCAUCACCAGGAUCGACGACGUAAACAAGUCCUGAUGACGUUAAACAUGGAGUGUGAUAAAGUGAACAUACUUUUAGUGAAAUUGAAUGAGUAAGAACUUCACAGUGUGAUGUGCUGGUUAAUAGAACAAAUAAUUUCUAUAAUCUCCGCUUCUAAGACUUUUAAGGUUGGCUGAAUCGAUAACUGCUAGCAGACUAUACGAAUUAUUUCUUCUAUUACGCUUAAAUAACCGCAAGUGAUUUCAAACCAUAUCUUAAAAGUAGUUUAAUAACGCUUAUCAUCUUUGAGAUAACAGCUCUUAUUGUAGUGAUCUAUUUUUAAAUUGAGAAACGUAAGUUUUAUUUUGUGUUCAUAGUUACAAGUUUAUAAAUAUAUGAAAAUACUCACAUCACUAUUGCUGUCACUGUUCAAAUGCAUACCUUUGCUUUCAAUUUGGCCUAAAGUAUUCUUAGAUAGUAUUCCUAUAGCGCUAAAUAUAUACAGCUAUAUAAGAAUGUGGUUGAAAAAUAUUAUAACAACUUACUUCAUUGUAACUGUACUUAAAUUAACCAGUUAUGGAAGGCAAUAUUUUUUGUCAUUGUGAUACAAAAUAAUUACUAAACACUCAUAUGAAUAUAAACAGUAUUUCUAAAUGUAAAUUAAAAGUUGUAACCAACAUUGUUUUCAAGCACCAAAAUGUAUGUUUCAGGUAUAUUUCAAUCAUUUCUUUGAUAUGUCAUAUAAAUAAUGGUACAUAAUGUACAGUUUUAAUCAAUUCUACAAGUUAAUUGCAAUAUGUGAACUAAAUAGUAAUAUUUUUAUAAAGAAUAAAGAAAUUUUUAUUAGUAAUGUAAACAUCUUAUUGCUAACAGUUAAAAUUUCUAUAAAAAAAAAAGAUAGUGAUAAUAUGUUAGAUUGUAGUCAGCACAUGAAGGGAAAUAUUCUAUAUUUUUUUUUCUUUAAAUAAUCCACGUUACACUAAAAGAAUUUUUAUUUUAACAGAAAAGAAUAAUAACAUAAUUGAAAUAGAAAUUAGUACAAAAUUAUUGAAGAAAUUAGAUUUUAACUUUAACAGGUUAAUAAUUUCUUCAAUGCCCAAAAGAAAAUAGUUGAUUCUGUUAUUGUAUACUGAAAUGGAUGUCGAAAUAAUUUAUGGAAAAUGAAAGCCAUUAUUUUUAUUAAAAAUCGAUCUUAGUACAAAGACUCCAUGGAAGGAUAUUAUACUAUUUAUUAUUGUUUUUAACAGUUUAAUGUGGGUAACAUUCAAGUAAAUCUAUCACAAUUAUGGGUUUUUACUUUCAAUUUAGGUUUUAGUCAUUUCUGCUACAAUAUUGCAGAAUUGUAUUUGUAAUAUAAUUAUUUUGAUCUCAAAAGUUCUUUAAGUUAAAAAAGCAUAAAUUACAUUGUUUAGUUUCAGAAUGAGAUCUAAUAUGUUUCACAUGUCAGGAGGGUUUCAUCAAAGCUAAAAAAAUAAAUGAAUAUAUAUAUAAAAAAAAAUAAUUGAAUAAGUUGUUAGUGUUUUAAUCGUUUGAAGUAGUUGUUUUAAUUUUAGCUAAUUGAAAUUAUUUUGUAAUUAUAUUGUAAAAUCUAAAUUUAUUUUCAAUUAUUCCAUAAAAAUAUUAAAGUUGCCAUAUUUUAAUGUGUAUGUUGUUGAGUAUUUUUAAAAUAUGAUGCACAAAUAGCACAGGUGAAAGCUAUAUUCUCUCUCAAUUCCAUAGAAAAAAUAUUUUCAAAACCCUCCUUACUCAUACAAUGAUUGUAUGUCUUAUGUUUUUAUUCUGUAUAAUUAAAAUAUUCUUUUUACAUACAUGCUCAUUGAAAUGUCAAUUCAUAGGCUGCUGUAUCUAAAUAACUCAAUUAUUAAUGUAGUAAUAUUAUUUUAGUAUAAAAUAUUUUUAAAACUGAAUAUUUAUCUUGUAUAUUGAGGAAAAGACAAAGCAUCAGUGUAAAUUUUUGUCAUAUAUUUGUUAAGAGAGAAAUAGUUUGAUAUGAAGAGUGUUAUAUCUACGACAAAAAUGCCUUAUUACAAUAGAUUUUAAGACUUGAUACUGACCUAGCUGUACUUGGAAAAGUUGUUAUGUCGAUUGCAAAUUGAAGAUAGGUUUGAUGAUAGCAACUCCUAAACUAAUUUGUUGCAUUUAGUUAAUAAUAAAAUUGCAUACACAUUU